AUGGAGGAACGGCAGGCCUUCUUCGUAGAGAGCACGGAUGGGCGCAAGUUUAAGAUGGUCAUCCGCGGCGAUCUGGGCAAGCUCAGUGUAGCCAAAAUUCGCCGCUACCUCAGGUCAUACGGUGUGCCAGAGAACCAGCAGCUGCUUUCUGGCGACCGUGUGCUGGAGGAUGACAUGCUGGGGGAGGAUUUCGGAUUGGAGGACGAAGGCGUGCUACACCUAUGGGAGCCAUCGGUUUCCCGACGUCCAGAGACUGCCGCUAUACCAUCCGCCCCACCACCGCAGCAGCAACAGCAACGGCCGUACGCACCACAGGAGACAUGGCGCGAUGAGCCCGCCGCGCGCAGCACACAGGAGAUGGAGCGUGAGAUUGAGCGCUUGCAGCGACAGGUAGAUGCAGCAGUGGCGCGCAACGCCGACCUCGAGAACCAACUUGCACAGGCCGCCAAUUCAUCAGCAGACUACGCAGCUCACAGGGGAGCUAGUGAAGCGCGGGGAAUGAGCAGGUCCAUCGACGUGGACGGGCUGCAAGUGGCGAAGGAAAGUCUGAAUAUGCUAUCACAGAAGCUUCAGGUCUCGCUAUACUUUGACAAGAAUCUCACAUGCGUAGUAGGGACAGACGAGGACUUCUCCAUCUUGCUCACCUACGACCCGGCAACCGAGCGGCUGUACAUUUACUCGUCGCUCCUCACGGAACUUCCAGAGAACUUGCCCCUACGCAUGAAACUAUACGAGUUACUUCUCGAAGGGUCGCUGCUCGGUCGCGAAGUGUGCGGCGGUGGCAUUGGCCUAUCGAUGCAGAACAGCGUUGUCGUGCUCACAACGUCUCUCCCGAUGCGCCACUGCAGUGCAGCGGCGCUGUGUGAGACGCUGCCGCUCUUUGUGGAGACGCUCCUGCGCUGGAGAAGUCUCGUCGACGAGCUCCUGCGGUAG